AUGAGGUACAGCCUGAUCGCCCUUCUUUGCUUAACAGGCCUUGCAUCAGCAAUACCUGUCGAGGUCCAACAGGAGGUUCCUGAGACGCCAUGUGAGUUGGAGGUUCCUGAGCCGCCAUGUGAGCUGGAGGUUCCUGAGCCGCCAUGUGAGCCGGAGGUUCCUGAGCCGCCAUGUGAGCUGGAGCCUCCCGCGCCUCCCCCGGCGCCAUCCGCCGAGCUGGAGCCUCCCAAUUGUGACGCAGGCAAGGUCCUCCUCGAUGACGAAUGCGUUAUCAAGACUGUGGCGCAGGCAAAAAAUUCGUCGACGGCGAAUGCGUUGAUAAAUUUUGUCCCGCAGGCCAGGUCCGUGUCGAAGGCGAAUGCGUUGAGGAAUGUUGCCCCGAAGGCCAGGUCCGUCUCGACGGCGAUUGCGUAG